AUGUGUGGUGGAAACCCUCAGCAUGAUGCUUUUGGUUUUAGAAAUUGGCAUGUUGCUGGUGGUCCCAUUGGAAUGAAAUAUGCAACUGGGAAUUUAGGUAGGUUCCAAGGUUUCUUGGCCUCACUUAGAUUGUCAAGUUCAUUUACUUGUGUUGGUAGUGAGUACUUGAGUAUGACUGCUGGUGAAUGUGUCAAUCCAAGAAUUAACUUGCCCAUUGCUUUUAGGACUGUGUUGUACCGUUUGGUGGCAUUUUACAUUGGAGGUGCAUUAUCUGUCUCAAUUUUGAUUGCCUACAACGAUCCCAAGUAUGUUGCAUUAACAUCAUCCAGUUCCGGUGCUGCUUCUUCACCAUAUGUUGUCGCUAUGCAAAACUUGGGAGUUGAUGUGCUUCCGCACAUAGUCAAUGCAGUUGUGCUAACGUCGGCUUUCUCAGCUGGUUGCUCAUACACAUACACUUCUUCGAGAUGUUUGUACAAUUUGACCAAGAAGGGAUUUGUGCCAAGAUUUUUCAAAAUCUGUACUAAAAGAGGUAUUCCUAUUUACUGUGUCUUUGUUUCCUGCUGUUUCGCCUUGUUGUCGUUGUUACAGCUUGGAAAGUCGGGAACUAAGGCGUUGAACUACAUCGUCAACUUGGUCACUGGUGCACAAGUUCUCAAUUACGGAUUCAUGAGUAUCAUUUACAUUGGAUUUUACCAUGCGGUGAAAGCACAAGGAAUUGACCGCUCGAAAUUCACCUAUAGAUCAUGGUUUCAGCCAUAUUCCAUCUACUUCACUGCGUUCAUGUACUGGUGUAUUAUUGGAAUCUUGGGUUACCAAGUAUUUAUGCCCGGCAAGUGGGCAGUUGACGAUUUCUUGUUCAGUUAUGUCAUGAUUUUCGUCUCGUUGGCAGUUUUCAUUGUCUGGAAAGUGGUGAAGAAGACCAAAUUUAUUAAGCCUAUUGAUGCUGAUUUGACAACCGGUCUUGACGAAAUUGAAGCCCACGAAGCGGAAUAUUAUGCACAAUUGGAAGAAAGCAGUCAGGACGAAAAGAAGAGUAGGUGGAAAGGGUACUUGAAUUGGAUAUUCUGA